AUGGGUGGGCUCUUGAGCUUGUUCAAAGGAGAAAACCACCAUGGCAACAGCAACAACAACAACAACAGCAACGCCAGCGGUGGUGGCGGUGGUGGACAGGCCUCAAAGAUCACGGAACAGGAUCGCGCUCAACUGAAAUUGAAGCAGCAACGGGACCGUGUGAAGCAAUACAGGAAGAAGAUUGUCAUCAUGAUUGACAAGGAGAAGCAGCAAGCGAAAACAUUCAUCAAGGCCGGCGAGAAAUCGAAAGCGCUGCUCAUUCUGAAGAAGAAGAAGUACCAAGAAAAGCUGCUUGAGAACACACUCACACAAAUUGAAAACCUCGAACACAUGAUCUCGCAAAUUGAGUUUGCGGAGGUGGAAGUGAAGGUGCUUGAUGGCCUGAAGCAAGGCAACCAGGCGCUGGAAGCGCUGAAGAAAGAGCUCUCCGUCGAGGAUGUGGAGGAGGUCAUGGCAGACGCACAGGAACUGCAGCAAUGGGCAAAUGACAUUAGCGAGAUUGCGGGCACUCCGCUCGACGACCUUGACGAUGAUGAGCUCUUUGCAGAGUUCCAAACAGAGCUUGGCGUCCCUGCCACAGAGACGCAAGCCAAGACAGCCACCAAGACCAAGACCAAGACACCUGCGACGACGGCAACAGCGGAGACGGCUGCUGCAAUGGUGGAUAUGGACGUGCCUGCGGUGCCUGGUGGUGGCGACGAGGAUGAACUGCCAGAUUUGCCAGAUGUUCCCGCCGAUGAACCCCUCGACCUCCCAGACGUCCCACAGCACGAGCCAGAACAACGACGGAAGGAAGAAGAGCCGGAGCUUGUGCCUGCGUGA